CUUACAUUGGCGCUUAAUUUUGAGAAGAUUAAGUGCCAAUGGCAAUGUCAAGUACUACUGCCCUGUCUUUCUUCUUCAUCUCUGUGUUGAUUUCCCUUGGCUCCAGUAUUGGUAAUGUCCAAUUAGUGCAGGCAGGCAAUCCAAACUACAGAGAUGCUCUCGCAAAGUCCAUUCUCUUCUUCCAGGGACAGAGGUCAGGCAAGCUCCUGUCCGGCGCCGCCCAACAAAUCAUUUGGAGGUCUAAUUCUGGCCUCUCCGAUGGCCGUCAAGCACAAGUGGACUUAACUGGAGGAUACUAUGAUGCUGGAGACAAUGUCAAGUUCAACUUACCAAUGGCCUUCACCACCACAAUGCUUUCAUGGGGAGCACUUGAGUAUGGCAAGAAACUGGGAUCCCAACUAGCAAGUACCCGGGAGGCAAUCCGAUGGUCCGCUACAUAUCUUCUAAAAUGUGCUAGAGCCACGCCCGGUAGGCUCUAUGUUGGGGUCGGGGACCCCAACGCGGACCACAAGUGUUGGGAGAGGCCCGAAGACAUGAACACACCCCGAACUGUUUACUGGGUCUCUCCUAGCAAUCCAGGCUCGGAUGUUGCCGGAGAGACAGCUGCUGCAUUGGCCGCUGCUUCUAUGGUGUUUAGGAAGGUAGACCCCAAAUAUUCGAGGUUGCUGUUGAGCACAGCCAAGAAAGUGUUUCAAUUUGCAAUCCAGUAUAGAGGUGCCUACAGCGAUUCACUUGGUUCUGCAGUUUGCCCAUUUUACUGCUCAUAUUCUGGAUACAAGGAUGAAUUGGUUUGGGGUGCUGCAUGGCUUCUAAGAGCAACAAAUGAUGCUUUUUACUUCAAUUUCUUGAAAACCAUGGGAGGUGGUGAUUCACCAGAUAUCUUCAGCUGGGACAACAAAUUUGCCGGUGCUUAUGUUCUGCUUUCAAGGAGGGCGUUGCUGAACAAUGACAAGAAUUUCGACUCAUAUAAACAACAAGCUGAGAGAUUUAUGUGCAGCAUUUUGCCCAACUCACCCUCUUCAAGUACACAAUACACACAAGGAGGGCUCAUAUACAAGCUGCCUGGAAGUAACCUCCAAUAUGUCACCUCAAUUACAUUCUUGCUUACUACCUAUUCCAAGUACAUGUCUUCAGUAAAGCAUACAUUUAAUUGUGGAAACCUUGUAGUGACUCCAAAUACUUUAAAGAGCCUUGCAAAGAGACAGGUGGAUUACAUAUUAGGGGUAAACCCUCUGAAGAUGUCUUACAUGGUAGGGUAUGGACCGUACUAUCCCAAGAGAAUUCACCACCGAGGAUCUUCAUUGCCCUCAUUGGCCAGUCACUCACAAUCCAUAAGUUGUGAUGCGGGAUUUCAGUACUUCUAUUCUUCAAAUCCAAAUCCUAACAUCUUAGUUGGAGCUGUUGUUGGAGGUCCAAAUCAGAAUGAUGGGUUUCCAGAUGACCGUGCCGAUUAUAGUCAUUCAGAGCCUGCAACAUACAUAAACGGUGCUAUAGUUGGACCAUUAGCAUACUUUGCUGGGAGCAAAUCUCAAUAGAAUCAAGUUAUACCACUAAUACCAGCCAACUGUAAAUAUAUACUAAACAGCUAUAUCUAUCUAUCUGAAUGUCCCCAAAUGGGGACCUUAUGACUCUGAUAUAUAAGUCUAUGUAUCACACCACAAAAAGGUGAGUAUCUGUUUGUCUUAAUUAGCCAGUUAGCUUCUUUCAAAACAAUAUGCUUUGGAAAAAAAGGUCCACAUUUUCACUUCAGGCUCGCAUCGAGCGGUUUGUGAAUCAAACUAAAAUUACAGCUCUUAG